UUUUCUUUUUUACCAGUCAAAUAUUUCUUUUUCCAACACACACACUCUCUCUCCCACCCUCUCCCACACUGUCUCUUGACUCAGUUCGUUAGCCGCACUUCCUCUAUGCACAAAAACCCUUCCAUUUUCGCUCCUUCCACUCUCACUCUGUUUUCAUCGUUCACUGCCAUGUGCUCUUAAACCUCCCGGGUUCUUCCUGGACAUCCCAGAACAUUUGGUUCAGUUGUUUUAGCUCUUAAAAUGAAACCACAAACCAAUGGGGUGUCUAGAGCUCAUAAAGCAAACAAUACUCAAGUUGAAGGCCCUAACUGGCUUCUUAUUGCCGCUGGUGCUUUGUUGAGUACAUUAUCAGUUCGCCUUGGUUACAAGUUGAAGCAGGCACUUGACUCAAAGCCGAAGCAGAGUGCUACAACUAUCCAAAAAGGAAAUGGAAAAGCACCCAACACAAGGAACUCUGCAGAUUGCUUUAUGCAGUCUAAUGGAUAUUCCCAAACGCAAGACAAUCUUGGAUGCUUCAAUUGCAUUUCAGGAACUGGAGGUACUAUGGACCUAAAAUGCCCACCAAAUGGCCAGAUUUUGAAUGAAUUUGACAGGGCUCUCCCUUUGGUGACUGUUCCUACUGCUGCCGAAUUUAGCAAGGAAAAUGGUGUAGUCUGGGCAUGCUCUCCUGAUCGUCUUGAAUUGCCUUCAAAGCCAUUCCAUCAUUCUAACUGCUCAGAUUCACCAUGUGUAUCAGAAUCUGGUUCUGAUAUUUUUAGUAAGCGCGAAGUCAUACAGAAACUGCGGCAACAACUGAAGCGAAGAGAUGAUAUGAUACUAGAGAUGCAAGAUCAAAUGGCUGAAUUGCAAAAUUCACUCAAUGCCCAAAUGGGGCUUUCUUCUCAUUUGCAAUUGCAGCUUGAUGCUGCAAACAGGGACUUAUUUGACUCUGAAAGAGAGAUCCAAAGGCUAAGGAAAGCAAUUGCAGAUCACUGUGUUGGACAUGUUCCCCGUGACAAAUUAUCCACAGUCACAGCUUGGUCCGCUGAAAGUAGAAAUGGCCAUUCAAAUGGGCAUCUUGAUGUGGAGAAUUAUUCUGAUACCCCUGAAAAAGUAAAGGAUGAUGAGGAGAGAAUUGAGUUACUGAAAAGGCAAGUAGGAGAGUUAAAAGAGGUAAUUGAAGGAAAAGAAUACUUACUCCAGAGCUAUAAAGAGCAAAAGGCAGAACUGUCUGUGAAGAUCAGGGAAUUGCAGCAGAGAUUGGAUUCUCAGCUGCCUAAUAUUUUGUAGGUGUCAAGUUUGUGAAUACUUUGGUUUACAUUUGACAAAUCUUCACUGUCUUCCUCAUUCUUUAUUUUCUCUGUAAUUACCCAAAUAUAUUUCUAGUUUGUGCAAUGUGUGCUGCGGAGGAAUGAACGAGAGGACUGGGUAUUCAAUCAAAAUGACAAGAUGAAUGCAUUCGGUCUUAGAAAAUAUUACUCUUCUUUUUUCUUGAUUAUUAUCUCAAGUAUGGACUUGCCAUUAUAUAUGUCAAAAUGACAUUUUUCCUAUCAAUGGGUAGUUUCUUGCCGACUUGAUCAUGUUGGGGUAAGCUUUGAGUUGGUUGGCAUUGACAGUCCAUCGGUUGGACAUAUGGUGGUGGUGCCUACACAAUAAUUGUGACGCAGAAGUUAGCCUAACAACCAAAAUAGAAUGAGUGUUUAGAAAGAAAUAGACACUUUAUCCUUUGUUGAAACC